GCUUCCUGCCAAGGCUCUGACUCAGCCGCCAGCCGGGUUUUAAUGACUCGGUGGGAGAUUAAGCCCUUAAUUCCCCGCUCCUUAUCAGCUUCCCCUCGGACCCUCCGGCGAACGACAGCCGGGAGCUGCCGGGCUCCCCGGCGGGGACAAAAGGGCGCUGCCGGGGGGGCCGGUGCCGCCAUGAGGGCCGUGCUCUGGGACCUGCUGCUGCUCUGCCUGUUCGCCCGGGCGCGGGGGACUGCCGGGGGGGACUGCCUGCACUGCGACCGCCAGCUCUACCGGGACUCCUUCGACGUCCUCAUCUGCAUCCUGGAGUGCGAGGGCGAGGCCGUGCCGCGGGCCACCUGGGAGCUGUGCGCCGCCGCCAGCCGGGCGUCCCCGCGCGCCCGCGACCUCGCCGCCGAGCCGUGGCCCGGCGUGGCGCCGGAGAACCCCUCGCGGCGCCGCGACGCCGACGGAGCCGCGCCGGGAGCCUUCCCGCAGCCUCCCGAGGACAUUUCCCGCCGGCUCGGGCUGGGCUGGCGAGCGGCGCCGGCGGCCAAGGGGGUGCAGAAGCGGUACGGGGGCUUCAUCGGGGUCCGCAAGUCGGCGAGGAAGUGGAACAACCAGAAGAGGUUUAGCGAGUUCCUGAAGCAGUACCUGGGGAUGUCGCCGCGCUCCAGUGAGUACGACUUGGGCGGCGGCAUCGGAGAGCACAACGAGAUCUAACGGAGACCCCGCGGCGUCCGCCAGGGCCACACAAAAGUCAACCCUCCACCCCCCCACCCCCCCACUUCUCUCUCCGCCACAUUCCAUAGGGGCAAUUUAACAAUAAAAAAAAAGAAAAAAGGAAAAAAAGGGGGCCAAAAUAAUAGUAAUAAUAAUAUUAAUAAUAAUAAUAAUAAUAAAAAUCCAACAAACCGAAAAAAAAUUGGGAAUUUGAGUGGAAAUGAAAAUUUGGAGACCGGGGAGGGACGGUGAGGGCGGCCAUCGGCAUCGCGGGGGAAGGUUCUUUGGGGUCCAGGGAGGAGGUUUGGCCUCGAGGCCGGUUGUAUUUGAAGGAUGGUUUAGUUCUUGCCUUGAAAAAAAAAAACCAGGAGGAAAAUUAAAAUAAAUCAGCAGAACGUAAAAAAAAA